AUGCUGCAAAGGCAUUAUGGUCAUCACUUUAAUGUAAAUGAGCUCUACGCUUCUAAACACCCCUUGUCUUACAGAAAGCUUGGUAUUGGAAUAGUAGCAUAUAGCCCUCUUGGUCGUGGGUUCUUCGCUGGGAAAGCAGUUGUGGAGAAUUUGCCAACAGAAAGUAUUUUGGCUCUCCAUCCGAGGUUCAGCAAGGAGAAUGUAGAGAAGAACAAAGUUCUAUAUGCCCGUCUAGCUAACUUGGCGGCAAAGCAUCAUUGUACCAUCCCUCAACUGGCUCUAGCAUGGCUUCUGCACCAAGGAGGCGACGUGAUCCCCAUCCCUGGGACAACUCAGAUUAAGAACCUUGACAACAACAUUGGAUGCUUGGCAAUAAAGCUUACACAAGAGGAUUUGAAAAAAAUUUCUGAUUCAGUUCCUAUUGAUGAAGUCAGUGGUGAAAGAGACUAUGCUUUCUUUGAGAACUACAAUUGGAAGUCUGCAGAUACACCAGAAAAUUAAUGGGGGAUUCAUCGAACGCAAACAUCUCUGUGUCCGCUCCAUCGAACCAAUCCAUGUUCAUUCUCUUAUCUUCUGUUGCAAAACUGAUAACUAAUCACAUUACCAUAUGUAUUUGGUGGGAACUAUGUUCAAAUUUUGUUUAUGUA